AUCAAAGUGCGCAUGCGCAAAUUUAUCAAAACACCGAAGCCGCAGAGAUGAUUUUAUGACGAUUUUCUAAUUUGGCGUCAUGUUGUAUUUUUUUUCGAUUUAGCUUCUCGGACGCUGGUAAAAAAUUAAGUUUCAAGUCUGAAGAACUGAACAUGUUUUAUUUCCCGAUAGCCGUGUGAAAGAUAAGAGGAUGGAUAACGUCACCGUGGCAGCUGUCGAGGGGACCGCUGUCUGCCCCCUGGUCGCUGAGGACAUGGAGGGGAUCUGCGUGAUGCCUGACCUGAGCUCCAUAAAGACCGAGCAGUCUGUGGGUCCGACCCCCGACGAGCCAAGCCCUCAAAAUGUGGCCAUGGGCAUCAAGUUCAUCCUCCCCAAUCGCUUUGACAUGAAUGUUUGCUCCAGAUUUGUGAAGUCCCUCAACGAGGAGGACAGUAAGAACAUUCAGGACCAGGUGAACUCUGACCUGGAGGUUGCUUCCGUUCUGUUUAAAGCUGAGUGCAACAUCCAAACCUCACCGUCACCAGGUAUACAAGUACGUCACGUUUACACGCCGUCCACCACCAAACAUUUCUCCCCGAUCAAACAGUCUACCACGCUGACCAACAAACACCGUGGCAACGAGGUUUCCUCCACGCCUCUUUUGGUCCACUCUUUAUCCAUUCAUCAGCUGGCAGCCCAGGGAGAAAUGGUGUUUUUGGCCAGUAGAAUUGAACAAGAGACCGUAAUCAAUCUCCAAGACGACGAAGGUUUCACCCCUCUGAUGUGGGCUGCGGCGCACGGACAAAUCGCCGUCGUCGAGUUUCUGCUGCAGAACGGGGCCGACCCAAACCUGCUGGCCAAAGGAAGGGAAAGUGCGCUGUCUCUGGCCUGCAGUAAGGGAUACACAGACAUAGUGAAGAUGCUCAUCGACUGUGGAGUGGACGUCAAUGAGUACGACUGGAAUGGAGGAGCCCCUCUGCUGUAUGCUGUCCAUGGCAACCAUGUGCGGUGUGUUGAGAUUCUGUUAGAUAGCGGCGCUGAUCCUACUGUAGAGUCGGAUUCGGGAUUCAACGCCAUGGAUAUGGCCGUGGCUAUGGGUCAUCGAAACGUUCAACAGGUGAUGGAGGCCCACCUAUUGAAGCUACUGAUGGGAAUCAGAGAGUGAACUCCUGGAGGACAGACUCCUUGUGGGACGUUGCUUGGUGCUGGACAAUCAUGUAGCAUGCCCUGGAUUACAGCCUGCGGGAAUAUUUUGAUCUCUUAAAAACGGUGUCGUAAAAUCUUAUUUAUUUAAUCUUGUGCACACGACAGCUUGUUUUCACUUCUAACCCUUUUCGAAGCAGUCAUGCUCUGCACUUUAACGUCAACGUGAUCCUCUGGAGUUGUAAACGUAAUCGGAGCACACUGAAGGACGUGGAAGCGAGUCGCAGACUACAUGCAAGUGAUGUUUUAAUUAAGCAACAACGGGUUAUUGGUUUUGUCACAUCCUAAUAUGUUUUUACACCUUUUCCACCCGUUAACCUCCUGCUGACCUUAAAGAGGUAGAGUGGACCCCGUGUGUGAUUUUCCGAUUUAUUUAUUUAUUUAUUUCUGUGGUUUCGGGAAUCGACGAGACACCCGUUGUCCGACCGUAACAUCUGCCUCGCUUUUCCCGAACGUCGACCUAGGACUGUGGGAGGAUUAAAUAACUUUAACCAUACUGAAAUGGUUUCUAAAGUUGGAAAAAAAAAAAAAAAAAAGGUUUUUCAUCAUCAUGUCUGGUCUUCACAAUAAGCACAUUUCAGAGGCACAUUGAACCGUGAGAACAUGAAGCUGGCAACAUGUCGGUGAAAUUACCUAAUCUACUUGUGUGUUUUUUAUUUUAUUUAUUUGAAUGUAUUGCGGCCAUUCUAGGGUCAGUUGUGUGUUUACGUACAGCCACGCUUAGAUGUUUUGUGAAUUUAAAAAGACCGUACACUGCAAAUCGACAGCCCUAAGUGGUAUCGUGGUGCUUCUUUUGCAGCUUUGUAUCAAAUGGCUUGUGCAUUAAAACAGUUGUAAUUUU